UUCUGUAAAUACCUUUGGUUGCCAGGAAGUGCUGCGAAUUGCACUUAAUGAAGGGGCUUUUCUUUUAUUGUUUUCUGAAUCGUUUCAAGUAACUUUUCCGAGAGCCAAGUGAGGCGUUUCAUUACAUGCCAGCAGCUCGUCUUCUUCACCUUGGCCUGGUCGCUUUGCAGCCGGGUGGUGUCGUCGGUAAAGGGAGUAGAGGAGAGGCGAGGCCCUGCUACUGUGGGUCGCGAGUGAGGGAGUCUCCUCGUUCGGGGGACACUUCGGUGGUGUGUCUGGCAGUGUCAGCCAACGUCAAGGUGCUUUACUUUAACUCGGCUACAAUUUCAUACACUCCCUGAUACCACUGCAAGGACUGGCACAAAGAAAGAAAGAAAGGAAAAUAAAAAAGAUUCGCCGCGGCUUUUUAAAGUGAUCCAUCAGUCCCCUUCUGCGAAAGUGUCUGGCAAAAAUGCAAAGCAGUGAAACGGGAGAGUCGAGAAUUGGACAGCCGUGGGGGAAGCUUGUCCGUGUGGCCUCGGAGAAGCACUCUGUGAUCCUGCUGUUCAGCAAAGAGUUCAUCAUCGGGGGAAAGAAAGGCUGUGAUCUUUCCUUUUCUGCCAACAAGCUGGUGUCUGGUAAUCAGUGUAAGAUCAUUCAGGAUGAAGAUUCCGGGGAGGUGUGGUUGGAGAAUAUGAGUGUGAAAGGAACAGUGAUUAACGAAUCAAAAGUGGUGAAGAGUCAGAAAUGUCGGCUUCAAAAUGGAGACAUAAUCUACGUCGUACACAAAAAAAAUGAGCCAGAACAAGAAAUUGCAUAUAUGUACCAAGCUGUAAAUGCUGAAGAAAAAGCUGGAUCAGACAUUCUGAACAGUGAAGCGCCAGGAAGCCCCUUUUCAUGUAGUGAAAUUUCAUCAGGUGAUUCUAACCAACCAAACUUAACCAAUGAGGAACCAUCAUCUGAUGAGCCAGUACCUUCUACAUCCAUGUCUGACCUCCACAAUACCCCGAGCAUUUUCAGUUCCCCAUCAGAAAUUAGCAGCCUUUCUGUUUCGGAGAACUUCUCUUCUUCUGAGCCUUGUUCAUCAUUCUCAAGUCAAGAGGACAUCUCUUCGGAAUCCAUUGGUUUAGAGGGUACCAACAUCUCAACAUCAGUUAGUUCUGGCUCUCUCAGUUUUCUCCCAGAGAAAGAUGACUCAGAACCACCUUGGAAAAAAAGGAAGACAACAGAUUCUGGUCAAGGAGAAACCCAACAUCCAGAAAGGGAAAUUCAUAAAACUCGGUCAUCGGAAGUAUGCAAAGAAACGGAGUUAAAAACAGAUAAGAUGGAAGAGUCUCUCACGUGUAUUAUUUGUCAGGACUUGCUGUAUGACUGUGUGAGCCUGCAGCCCUGCAUGCAUACAUUCUGUGCUGCCUGCUAUUCAGGAUGGAUGGAACGGUCAUCCUUUUGUCCCACCUGUCGCUGUCCUGUGGAGCGUAUUAGAAAGAAUCACAUGCUUAACAACCUGGUUGAGGCCUACCUACUUCAGCACCCAGAAAAGUGCAGAAGUGCUGAGGAGUUGCAGAACAUGGACAGUCGCAAUAAAAUCUCUCAGGACAUGGUCCAGCCAAAGGUAGAACGGAACUUUUCUGAUGAAGAAGGCAGCUCUGAUUACCUCUUGGAACUUUCAGAUGUAGACAGCGAGUCUUCUGACAUUAGCCCCAUCCCCUUCAUCCCCCACCACAGCCAGCCGUGGGUAGUGUGCCGUCAGUGUCCAUGGUACAGAAAAGACCUUUGUCAGCCAGCUGUUGAACAGACAGUUGAAGCACCUCUGAGGACAGUGGGAGAAGCACCUUCGACAUCCAGCUCCACCUCAACAGUUUCCCAAGAAUAUAUGUGUCCACCCCAAGGGGGUCAUGUGAUGUGUUCAUGCUGCUUCCAGCCCAUGCCUGAUCGAAGAGCAGAGGCGGCCACCCAGCAGAACUUUCAUCAGCAAUGUAUGGCAUGCCAGCGUUCAUUUUGCCACAUGUACUGGGGGUGCACUCGAGUUGGAUGUCUUGGAUGCCUGGCGCAUUUCAAUGAUCUGAAUCUGACUGAGAAGUGCAUGGAUGGUGUGCUUAACAACAAUAAUCAUGAAUCUGAUAUUCUGAAGAACUACUUGACUUCUCGAGGAAUGACAUGGAAGGACAUGCUUCAUGAGUGUCUACGUGGCCUCCAACAAGGAGUUUUCUAUUUGUCAGAUUACCGCAUCACUGGGAAUGCAGUGUUGUGCUACUGCUGUGGCCUGCGCAGUUUCAAAGAGCUGGCUUACCAAUAUCGACAAAGUAUUCCUCGCUCUGAACUUCCAGCACUCGUAACUUCUCGGCCUGACUGUUACUGGGGACGCAACUGCCGUACUCAAGUUAAAGCGCACCAUGCCAUAAAAUUCAACCACAUUUGUGAGCAGACCCGUUUCAAGAACUGAAUGCAUCUGAUUCAUUGUCUGUGAAUUGCUUUGCUACAGCUGGGCAGUUCCUACUUUAUGGAAUAUGUUGCUGUGAAAGAAAAAAAAGAGAAUCUUGCCUCUUUUGAAAUAUGGACAUGAAAAGUUGUGUUAUCUGCUUACAUCUGUUUUUUUAAAGGCAUACUUUCUUUGGAGGAUAUCAAAGUCAAAUAAUUGGACACCUUCAGAUCUUCCAAGCAGUUUGGCUAAGCAAAUAUCCAGGCUAAAGCAUGGUUGAGAUAGUUAACUUCAUCAUAAGAAUCACAGAAAAUUGUGCUAUGUUUAAAAUGUUGGUGGAAAAUUGGCGUGGGUGGCAACUUAUUUUCUUCAGGGGUUCUUAAGUAGCAGAGCUUCAUACCUACAUGUCAGAAGAUACUCAGAAGGUCAUUUAUUUCAAGAAUAUUCCCCUUUCAGGCAGCACCGAACAACAGGGUGAUGUUGCUGCACUUUGCACUUACUUUUAGCAUUGACAGAAUUUGUGAAGAUGGGGCUUAUCCGACUAACAUUUCUUUGUUUUUUGUUUGAAGGUUUUCAUGUUUAGCAUUAGAAAUAUAACUUCCUGCAAACCAUCUUGCAGUUUCCAUUUUGGUGGAAACAAUUGGAUCAUGCUUUACAAGGAGGGGGAAGCCUAGUUAGUUGCACUUAUUUAUACAAUUUAUUAAUUCCAAGCAAAAAGACAAUUAUUUCACCCAACAUGGCACUGGAGGCUCAGAGGUGGCCAGUGUCAAACACCCCAUUAGCUGAAUGCUCCAUGUCUGGCUUUGAAGCUCGAGGUUGGUAUUCAUCAACUGUGUCAUAUAGCACUGACUAAUAUAAGCACACAUGGCAGUGUAUUAGGCACAAGGGUGAAGAAAACACUACAAUGACUAAGAUAGUUUUGCGAUAAAGAGUGUUCACAUGUUUAUGCCAAUUCUCUUUCUAGUGACACGUUGACUGUUCUUUAUGGAUCUUUGUAAUCGUUCUUUAUUAAGGCCAAAUCAUGUGGUCAUGUUAAUUGAAGGCUCAAAUAAUGGAAAUGGUGACCUAUAUCCACUAAACAUUCUACACAAGAAUCUACCUAUGAUAUAUGAGAGGUUCUGGUAACUUCUGACUGCAAAAUUGGGGAUUGUUAUAGUUUAGUAUAAUUUAAGGUUUAAGAUAUUAGAAAAUUAUAUGCCCAGAUUUUGAUAGUCCACCCCAAACUGUAACUAAGUAAUGACUGUGAUAGAGAAGGGUGUAAAAUACAGGCUGUUGGAUUGGAGCUCGUUAAGCCAUCUUGCUGGCUGUAUGUGCAAAAUUCACGUUGUGUUGGUUGAUCACGUCUCCUUAAGGGUGUUCUGCCGCUGUGAAACAGAUUAAUUCAUUUUGGUAAGAAAAUUCCGUAAGUAUGGAUAAGGUAAGUCUUGAGCUGCUGAGCAAAUUUAUUGCAGUCAUGCGGAAGCUUGAACCUUGAAUUGGUAUGGACCUGCUUCUUUUGUGACAUGCUAUUGUAGAGAAAUUAGUGUCAGUGGUAAACUUGUGAGCUGGUUGGGGACUGGGGUUAUGCUCUAUGCAAUGGCCAGCACUGGAGGGAAUGUUUGUGAUGAAUGGGGCAGCCACAGUGCUCACUCAUUAAAAGUAAGAAUAGCUUUGCACAAUGUUGUAUAGGGGUUAUGUUUGAAAAUAAUAAUGAAAAAAUCGGCUAUGUGCACUUAUAAGACACUGUCUUACAGGAGAGCUAAUAAACAUUUCGGCAAUAGUAAAGUAGAAAAUUCAUAGGUCUUAGUGUGCUUUGUACAUGUAAUCACUGAAUAAUGUGCUGCUACAUGCGGGGUCACCUCUAAGUGCUGGGCACUCACAAUCUAGUGAUAAGGAUAGACUUGUUUCUUAAGCCUUUUUUCCAUUCCCAUAGUGCUCCUCAGAAUAUACAGUAUAGCUUUUACCUAUUGAAGUACUAUGCCUCAAACCUCACACAACUACUAUUGUUACUCUUUAAACGUUAGAAUAUGAAUGUUGCAGGAAUGGCAGUUUUCAUUUUGAAAUUAAAGGAGAAGCUUCAGACAUAAAUGUCUGAAAUAAUUAUCCAACAGUAGAUGUAGUUUCCUUAAUUUAGUUGAAUUUUUUUUUUCUUGAUGUGAGCGUUGUGAUAGUGUGACAGAUAUCAGUGUUAAGAUGGUUUCUUCUGCUAGAGUUGUUGCUGUUGGCAGUAGUAUUCUCCAUACUUGUUAUCAUUGUUUUUGGUAACUGGGCUAUUCCACAUUUAUUGGUUCAAAUUAAGACAACUCAGGGAAAUUCUGAGUGUUGCUGCUUACACACACUCAGUUUUCUCUUAGGAUUCAUUAUGUUCUCCUACAUCUCUUCAAUGGACAAGAAAAUUGUCCUAGACUGCAUCAAGGGCUCAUGGGUACAGCCUCCUGAGGACUGCAGAUUGUUCUAGGCUUUCAUUUCACCUUCAGCUAUUAGUUAAGUAAGCUGUGCUAUUUCUUUAUAAUAGAUCUGGCUGAAUGAAGAGACUCUAAACUUGAUUUUUUUUCCAUUAGCAAAACAUAUCUUAACUCAAAAGGAGUUAUAUGUUGUGUAAUCUGGGUUUGUCUUUUAUUUAUGGUGUUGCAAGUAAAUAAUUUUAAAUGAGUAAGUGGAAAAAGUAAAAAUGUCUAGGAUCUUGAUAAUCACUGUCUUGUUUUAAGCAGUUUUCUUCUUGCUUGCAGUUUUGAAUGGUGUGAAGGCCCUGCUGAAGCAGUUGGGUACACUGUGCUAGGCCUAUAGUACUGUAACUGCUACCUCUUUCCAACUUGCAAAACAAUUACUAAUUUUUGUAUUUUGUUUGUUAUGUAUUUUUGAAACCAAUCAGAAAUUAAACCGUUCCUUUUUCAGUC